CAACAAGAUAUAUGCGUACCUUUCUCCCACGCAUUUGAUUAGUUUCAGAGGACGCGUGUGUGUGUGACACAUGUGUGUGUUCAUGCGCGCGCUUGUGCGUAUUUGCGCGCACAGCUCUGUAUCCUGUGCGCCAGGCGCUGUUCACAUCUGGUCUUGGCGGGGACGAGAGUUGCGGGGGAGGGGUUGAGCAUUUGUGUGUGUGAGUGAGUGUGUGUGCUCUGCGCCUGAACCCUGCGUUUUGUGCACGUCUGUAAUUUGCACCAGAUGACCAAUUGGGGGAUGGAGCAUUCUGGAGAGGUAAGCGUUCCUCACACGGCAUAACAUCGCAGCGCACAAAUGAACUUAGUGUAUGGACAACACUGCAUAACCAUGGAUCCAGACACUUCUGCACACUAAACUUGUGCAGAGAAACUUCCGCUCCCCAUUUUCUGGAGCAACAAGUGGAUAAUGGAUAUAUCAGACGCAAAAGUGAGAGUGGAGAGUCGGGGUAACUGCACUUAAACACAAAGGGGAAUGCUGCAUCAGAAGGUUGCUCCAACUGCCGUUUGGGAAUGGAUACCGGUCAUUUUGUGGCGGUCAUCUGCUUUCUCCUCUUUUCCUGUGAUGGGCUCCUCUCACCCGCAAGCGGCUUCUGUCCGGAGCGCUGCGAUUGCCAGCACGCGCAGCACCUCCUCUGCACAAACCGAGGGCUUCGCGCGGUACCCAAGGUGCCCUCCUCGUGGGUCCCAGAGGACGUACUUGUCUUCAGUCUCGGGGGAAACUUCAUUGGUAACAUCACUGCCUUCGACUUCACUCGGUAUGGAAAUCUUAUAAGGUUGAACUUACAGUAUAAUCAAAUACAGACCAUUCACCCUAAAGCGUUUGAAAAGCUCUCCAAAUUGGAGGAGCUGUAUUUGGGCAACAAUCUGAUAUCAACAAUACCUCCAGGAAUGUUACAGUCACUGAAAAAACUGACAACUUUGUAUGGCAAUAACAAUAACAUGAAGAAGAUCACUCCAGAGGUGUUUGGUAACUUGGAAAGCGUUGUGAGGCUGAGGUUGGAUGGGAACGCCAUAGAACUGUUACAGGACUCAGUCUUCAAGAGCUUGACCAAUCUGCAUUAUCUCCAUCUAGAAUCCAACCAGCUGAGCCACAUUCACAGAAAUGCCUUUUCCAAGCUCAUCAAACUGCGCUUUCUCAACCUGGCGCAGAACAAACAGGCGGCCGUGCGUAAUGUGUUUACAUUUUCCCAGCUCAGGUCACUGUCUACUCUGCUGCUCUCUGAAAAUGAAAUACAAUACGUCGGAAACCACGUUUUCCAAAAUCUGAAAAAGCUAUCUAAACUAUCCCUCAGCAAUAACAACAUCUCCCGGUUGGAGAGCGAGGCUUUGAAGGGGUUGUCAAGCGUGAGAGAGUUUCUGAUGGAUGGGAACGAGCUGGAAGAUAUUCCCGCGGGACUUCUUGACCCGCUGGAGCAAAUCGAGGAGCUGGACUUUAGUCGCAACCACAUUUCCACCGUGAACCCGAUGGCUUUUAAAAAACUACAGCACCUGAGGGUUUUAAAACUCAAAGACAACCGGCUCACGAGCCUCUCCGGUCACAUUUUCGCCCUCAACAGCCGCCUUUACGAUUUGGAUCUCCAUGGCAACAACUGGACGUGUGACUGCCGCCUGAGCGAGCUGAAACAGUGGAUGACGUCGGCACACUCUCAAGGGAAGCUGCUGACUGUUUUCGUGCAGUGUCAUCACCCAGCGACACUGAACGGGAAGUAUCUGGAUUAUGUCAACAGCUCCCAGUUACAGACCCAAGAGAAUUGGAGCCACUUGUGUGAGACCCAAAUUGGGCCUGAGGAGAGCAGAGGUGGGGGGGUCCUGGAGAAGGAGGUGGAGGAGAGGAUGAUGAGAGAGGGGGAGGUGAGGAAGGAUGUAGAAGAGCAGAGGGGAAUUGGGACUAGAGAAGGAGUGGAGAUGAAGGCAAUAGAGGAAGAGAACAGGGGUAGAGAGGAAGAGGAGAGAACGGAGGGAGCACAGGAAGUAGGUAUCCCUCAGGAACAGGGAGGGCCAGAGGAGCGGGACAAAUCCCUGUCGUUGGACAGGAAAAGGAGGAAGAAAAUAUCCGUUAGCCCCAGGUCGCGACCUUCUGCCAGGAAGCGUGAGAAAGGGAGGCGGGGUUCCGUUCUGGGCCGUGGUAUUCCUCAAACACAAGCUCCUUUGCUCAUCAACCCCAUGGACCCAACCACAACCGUGCCUCAGACACUUGACAGCCAAAAUAGCCAUGGAAACCGUCUCAGUGGACCAAUCACAGAGCUGCUCACCACCUCAGAGGAGCGGUUUGACCUUCUCAGAGGCGGUCAGGAGUAUGGUCUACCAGUAAUGACAGACCCCUGUAUGUUCAACCGUCACUUUCUCACCAACGUGACCGUCGACCAGGUCGCCUCCAGCACGGCCACAGUCCACUGGACCACACGCCACCACCUCCGAUUCACACCGGGAUCCGGACUGGGACUAGACGAGGUCCACUACCGCUUGCUGUUCGACCGGUUCGGGACAUCUGGCCGUUUUCCUCGCUAUGUGUAUGCCCGUGGCGGGGCGCGGUCGGUGAUGUUACGAGAACUCCGCCCAGAAGUCACCUACAUGGUGUGUGUGGAGGGGGUGGUGGGAGGGGCCGUGUGUCAGGUGGCACCCAGAGACCACUGCGCUGGAUUGGUCACUCUCCCAGAGGAGUCUCGUCCCCAAGGGACACUGACUUCCAAUCUCCACCUAGUCACCAUUGCAACGCUGGCCAUCAACGCCAUCCUCCUGCUGGUGAUUGGUGGAGCCUGGCUAGGGCAGACUUUGAGGCGGAAGCUGAAAAGGAGGAAGUCGGCGGUGCAUGUGCGUCACAUGUACUCCACGCGGCGACCGUUCCGCGGCUCUAUGGCAACGACGGCGGCUGUGUCGACUGACUUUACCAGUUUCCAGAGCAGCCGGCAACCACGGCUCGGAACCCUGGAGGAAGGGGGAGACCUCAUUGAGUUCUCCUGCGACCGUUUCCUUGACAACAGCCCCACCCGUAGAGACAACAGCAACAUGCAGAGGUUUUGUGAUUAGUAGAACCCUAGAGACAUACACUCUUAGAAAAAACAGUGGUACCUAGAACAAAAAAGGGUUGUCCUGUGGAGACAGCCAAAGAACCCCUUUGGAACUCGUUUUCUAAGAGUGUAGAACAUGAAAAACAAUUGCUCUGUGUGACCAAUAUAUACUAUUCAUGUUAUUGUGAGCCAUUAGAUAAUCCAAAAGUAGAACCCUUAUCUAGAACCUGAGAACACCAAGACACCAUUACAAGGAAGGAACAUCCUCAGGAGGAUGUCUAAGGUGCUGCAGAGAGAGAAACAGAACUAGACUGGAUUUGAACCUGCACUGUAGGGCACUUCACCACAAUAGCAGGACCACAACCAAGGUGUUAUGACCACACACACACACACACACACACACACACACACACACACACACACACACACACACACACACACACACACACACACACACACACACACACACACACACACACACACACACACACACACACACACACACACACACACACACACACACACACACACACACACACACACACACACACACUCUUCCCAGCACACCAUCUUAUGCUGUUAACAAGUCCCUGCGCCAAGAUGCAAUUGGAUGCAUCUUGGUGCAGAGAAAUCCCUCACAUAAUAAAGCCAUAAUAACAUGUGUCAUGUGACGUAGGCUACAGUUGUGCAGAGACGUUUUUAGGAUUUCCACAAAUGGGGAUCAUCUGUUAGCAGGUCUCAAUCAUUUUUGUUGCCUUUUACAAAACGCAUUUCAUGCAAUUCUACGUCAUUUACAUGAUAAAAGACAUUAGCUGAAUAUUUGUUAAUAACACACAAAUGACCUAAAUUAGUGGCUACUCUAACACUGUCAAACUGAGAUCAAUCUGGUCUUGAAUUCAAACAAACAACAGCCCUGACCAAUGAAGCAACACACACAUUGUACAAUAUUAGGAGACAAUAUAUAUAUAUAUGUAUAUAUUAUAGGCUACAGUAGGGUACUAAAUGACAUGUCCAGUGCCACACUGACUCACCUAAUGAUGAAGAUGUAGCCAUAAGAUACUACUCAUGGUGAUGGCCGAUGGUCUCCUCUUGGCAACAGCUUAUCUCAAGAUGAGCUACUUUGAAAAACAUUGCUGCUGUUGCUGGGAGUUGUUCUAUUGGUUCUACAGAUAGACUAGUCUUCUCUUUUCAGUGGUAUGCAUUUGCUUUCCAAACUUGACAUUUUUCCUGCAAUUGUCUUUAGAAAUUUUCAAAAGUCAAACAGACAGCUACAACCAACCAUAGUAAUAUAAUCUAUAUAAUUGUACAAUCAAAUCAGGACUUGCAGCCACUGCUAGUGUACCCAUCAGUUGAAUAGUCAAAUUGCCAGGGUAAGAGGUUCCAAAACUCUGUGGAUUAUUUGUCUAUGGCCCAAAACGCAACAAGUUGUAUAUUUGCGUGCGCAUGCUGGCCAAAUCGCGGCCUUCCCGACUGUAGGCAACCAGUAACUGCCAAAAUAAAGGAAACACUUGAGUAAAUGAGGACUACAAAUAAUAUGUCGUGCUGUGGGUGCAUUUUCCCGGCAUGGUUUAGGUCCACUUAUAGACUCUAUGUCAAGGAGCAUUGAAGCUGUUCUGGCAGCUCAUAGUGGCCAAACACCCUUUUAAGACACUUGGCUAAAAUAAUAAUAAACAAAUAAUAGCAAAAAAAGUAAUAUUAUAAUAUACAUUUAAAUGAUUGCCUCUUGGGCAAUAAUUGGCCAGCCUAAUUGGCCAGUCACAUGUAUUUAUUAUGCAGUUACCAAUCAAGGCAGGGCCCCCCAGUUAUCCACAUGUGCCCCCCCCUACCUAUUCUUCUCCUCCCACCUGACGAUUAUCAGAGCAGCAUCAGGCUGUCUACUCUCAUUGAGGGCCGGCUCCUGAAUCGAUCCGGGGGUUUUUAUUUUUUUAUUUAACCUUUAUUUAACUGGUUGGCGGUCGCAGUAAAAAUGAUAUAUAUGACGUAUAUAGCAUAUACUGUAUAUAUACUAUAUGCAGUAUAUCAUUAUUUUAUUUUGCAUUUCUUUUUUUGCUGCCUUUUGGGCCCCCCACGGCCCUGGGCCAAGGAGCUUCAACCCCGGUAAUCCCCUGCAUUAAUCUGGCCCUGGUAUGCAGCCCUGGUUAUGACCCCAGCAGAGUCACAGUCAGGGCUGUGCUAUGGCCACUGCAGAACCACAGUUAGGGUGGUGUUAUGACCCCAGCAGAGAAACAGUUAGGGUGGUGUUAUGACCACAGCAGAACCACAGUUAGGGUGGUGUUAUGACCCCAGCAGAGCCACAGUUAGGGUGGUGUUAUGACCCCAGCAGAGAAACAGUUAGGGUGGUGUUAUGACCACAGCAGAACCACAGUUAGGGUGGUGUUAUGACCACAGCAGAGCAACAGUUAGGGUGGUGUUAUGACCCCAGCAGAGCCACAGUUAGGGCUGUGUUAUGACCACAGCAGAGCCACCGUUAGGGUGGUGUUAUGACCACAGCAGAGCAACAGUUAGGGUGGUGUUAUGACCACAGCAGAGCCACCGUUAGGGUGGUGUUAUGACCACAGCAGAACCACAGUUAGGGUGGUGUUAUGACCACAGCAGAGCAACAGUUAGGGUGGUGUUAUGACCCCAGCAGAGCAACAGUUAGGGUGGUGUUAUGACCCCAGCAGAGCCACAGUUAGGGUGGUGUUAUGACCACAGCAGAACCACAGUUAGGGUGGUGUUAUGACCACAGCAGAGCCACAGUUAGGGUGGUGUUAUGACCACAGCAGAGUCACAGUUAGGGUGGUGUUAUGACCCCAGCAGAGCCACAGUUAGGGUGGUGUUAUGACCACAGCAGAGUCACAGUUAGGGUGGUGUUAUGACCACAGCAGAACCACAGUUAGGGUGGUGUUAUGACCACAGCAGAGCCACAGUUAGGGUGGUGUUAUGACCACAGCAGAACCACAGUUAGGGUGGUGUUAUGACCACAGCAGAACCACAGUUAGGGUGGUGUUAUGACCACAGCAGAGAAACAGUUAGGGUGGUGUUAUGACCACAGCAGAACCACAGUUAGGGUGGUGUUAUGACCACAGCAGAGCCACAGUUAGGGUGGUGUUAUGACCACAGCAGAACCACAGUUAGGGUGGUGUUAUGACCAGGGUUGUCUUUGUGGGUGACCAAACAGCUGAGCUCAUCAGUGCUGAUCCAGACUCUACAGGAAGUCAAUCCCACUGACUUCCUCGACUUCCUCUAAGCCUCAUGCAUUUCCUUUCCCAUUUCCUUGCACCUGUGUGUGUGUGUGUGUGUGUGUGUGUGUGUGUGUGUGUGUGUGUGUGUGUGUGUGUGUGUGUGUGUGUGUGUGUGUGUGUGUGUGUGUGUGUG